AAAGGUGGUGAUGAUGUAGGUGGUGAUGAUGUAGUACUCAAGUAUGAUGUUAACAAGACAGGAGAACAUGGAGUUGUGCUAAUCAUAAAUAAUGUCCACUUUGAAGGGAAAGAUAUAGGUGAUCGUAAAUCAUCAUAUGAAGAUGCAAAAAGAUUAAAAGAAGUAUUUGAGGGUCUUCGCUAUCAAGUGGUAGUUCAAGAAGACUUAAAAGCUGAAGAAAUAAAGACAAGAAUUAGAGGAAUUGCUGCUGGGUUAGUAACCAAGAAACACGAUAGUUUCAUAUGUUGCAUUCUGUCCCGUGGUAAUUCUGAAGGAAUUGAAGGAGUUGAUCAUAAAACUGUUACUGUGCCUGAAUUGGCUAAUAUUGUAAAUUCUAAGGAAUGUUCAGCACUUCAUGGAAAACCCAAAAUAUUUUUGUUUCAAGGUGAUAGAGGGACUGAAAUACCAGAACCUUCAACUGUUGAUUCGUCUAUGCCAUGGCCUCCAAAAGAAGAAGAGAAGGUUGCUGAUGGUACUGCUCGAGCAUUACCACCAGAGGCUGAUUUCUUGUUUGGUUUUAGCACGUCUGAUGGUAACGUUGCUGCAAGAGGUGUUUACUCUGGCUCACAAUACAUAAAAGCAGUGUGUGAAUUUCUUGAUCCCAAAUAUUCUUCAAGGCUUAGUCUUGAUGAGCUCUUACUUCUUGUUAAUGACAAAAUAUCAGGGAAUCCUAUUGAUUUCAAAUUGUUGCCACCGUAUAAGUAUCAUCAAAUGCCUGAGAUCAGAAGCACUUUGAGAAAAAAAUUUUACUUUAAAAAAUAACCCAAGUGUUUUAUUUUUUGUUGCAACUAAAGAUUUAAGUGUGCAUUUUUUAUUAUAA